UCAUUUUCAUACAGAGACCCCUCUCAAAAAGACCAGCACCAACGCAUUUGAUAUGUUUUUAAACUUCACACACCUUUCCUCAUCCUUCAGGCUGUUUUGCAGUUCUUUUUCAGACUGCCUCCCUUUAAGGCAAAGGAGUAAAAGAAGGGAGAGUCCCAUUGGCAUUCUGUAAACUCUCUCUUCCUCAGUUUAUGUUCAGAGAGCCAUCUGUGGAUCAGGAAGACAAAAAGUUGCUCCUGAGCCACAGUGUCACUCAACAGGACUUCCCCGAGGUUUUGAAGGUCAGGUGUCAGUGGUGAAAUGGAAUUCUUGUCAGCAUGGAUUGUGUCUCCUUCCACUCUACCCUUUCUGUGUCUCAUUUGGGGUGCACAAGCCCAGCAGGCAUUUAGGAUCGAGCCCAGAAACCUCACUGUGAGGAUGGGAGCCACAGCUGUGUUGAAGUGUGAGGUGCUGCGGGCCUCUGGGACCGUGCAGUGGGUGAAAGAUGGCCUCCUCUUGGGACCGCAGAGAAGCCUUCCAGGCUUUCCGCGCUACAGCAUGAUUGGAAAAAGAGGGCAAUAUCAUCUUAGAAUUGAAAAUGCUCAACUGGAAGAUGACACUUUCUACGAAUGCCAAGCAGGACAAUCUGACACUAGUGAAGGGAUCAUCUCCAAUGCAGUCUGGCUUGAUGUACUGAUUCCCCCCUCUAAUCCAUACUUCACCAUGGACAUGGCAGCUUAUUGGGUGGCAGGGGAGAGCUACGAUGUCACCUGUGUGGCUCCUGAUGCAAAACCCGAGGCUGAGGUCAUUCUGUAUAAAGAUGGAGUCAAGCUGACAGGUGUAGAGUCUUCCUCCGUGUCUGGCUCAAAGGAUAAGCUUCUGAACACGCUUGCUGAAGUAACGGUGACCGCACUGAGCUCCGACAACGGGAGACUGUUGGCAUGCCACGCCAAGAACGCUGCCUUGUCCAAGCCUGUGGUGACCACGGUGACCAUGAAUGUGUACUACCCACCUGACGCUCCGUUUAUUGUGAACCUGGACAGAGAUGAAGUCAGAGCGGGGAGGAUGCUCAUGCUGGAGUGUGUCUCUGGUAGUGGAAACCCCCUCGCCGCUCUCCGCUGGAGCAAGAAUGGAGAGAUUGUUUCUACAACUUGGGAAGCAGACGAGUUUGCACGGAAGUCCAGAAGCGUCCUGAAAAUGGUGAUCACCCCUGCAGACAACCAGGCAGAGCUAAGCUGUGAAAGCUUCAAUGCGGUGUCUCUGUCACCUCUGUCUAUCACUCGCAAAUUAGACGUGUUCUUUGAUCCUGAGGAACUGACGCUGUCGGGUUCAUUAGAGGCCAUUGAAGGGCAGGAGGUGGUUCUGAGCUGCUUCGCCGCCUCAAGUAAUCCUCCUGUCGACAUUCGCUGGUGGUUGGGCUACAAGGAGCUCAACAACACAGUUUUCAUUCGGGAAGAGGGAGACAACGGUGGGAUGACGACCGUGUCCAAUGUGACCUACCGGUUCUCCCGGGAGGACAACGGACUGAUGCUCAACUGUGAAGCUUUUAACAAAGGCACACGCUUCUCCAAAAUUAAAGAUGCUAAAAUCAGUGUCUACUAUCCCCCUCAAAAAGUGUGGCUUGAUGCUCCAGCUCAAGAUGUUCCCCUUAACGCAGGCACUAAAGUCACGCUCAUCUGUCACUCUACUGGAGGAAAUCCCACUCCAACCCUGACUUGGCUCAAGAAUGGAAAGGCAGUGGCCCACGCACCCAAGCAGACAUCCUCUGACAUGGCUGCGGCCAGAGAACUACACCUGGUCCUAACACCAAGUGACAACAUGGCCACAUACCGCUGUGAUGCCACAAACAAUGCAAAGAAGACCAUCUCUGCACACGCUAAACUCCUAGUAUACUUCACAGCAGUGAGCAUGAAGAUCACAGCACACCAGGAGGUGCUCCGCCAGGGUGAGGUGCUAACACUGGAGUGCCUGGCUGAAAGCAGUAACCCAACAGCAAACAUCUUCUGGAGCGUGGGCGCAGUCAGGUUCCAGAAAGCUGAGCAAACACACAGCAAGGACAAGUCUGGCGCUGUCACUGUCAACAGCACUCUACUGCUGAAUCUGACUUCGCAGCACCACAAACAGAAUGUGAUUUGCCAGGCCUACAACCCUGUGUUAGAGGAGGGGGCCAACACAUAUUACCGACUCAAUGUGCUUCACCCACCAGAAUUCAGCUCUGCUCAGCCAACAGAGAUCCAGGUGGAGGAGGAUGAAAUGGCAACAAUCCCACUGCUGGUUUCAGCAAACCCAGAGGGGGUCUCUUGUGUUUGGCUGCAUCGCAGGGAGACGCUGGUCAAAGGGAAUAAUCUGCACCACUACUGGUUGGAGGACGGCUCUCUGGAGAUUAGGAAUGCAACACGGAGAGACGCUGGACUGUACACCAUCAAGUGUGAAAAUGAAGAAGGUGUCAGCCAAACUGCUAUCACCUUGGAUGUUCUUUAUGCUUGUGAUGUCACUGCAGAGAAAGAUCCAGUGUUUGUUAACUUGGGGGGAACAGCAGACCUGAUAUGUGUGGCAGAUGCCAAUCCCAUUAUAUCUGACAUGUUCUCAUGGAAAUGGCUGGGAGAGGAGGAGGUGGAGAUGGGAGAGGAGACACAGGAAGACGAAUCAAGCCUUCUGACCAUCCGUAAUGUUACUCGGGCUCAUUCUGGUCUAUACCAGUGCACAGCUAACAAUGGCAUCGGACUCUCCGGCAGUGUAAAUAUGCAGCUUGUUGUGCAAUUCAAACCAGAGCUUCAGAAAGGACCCCAGUGGAGGAAGGUAGCGAGCAGAGGAGAUGGAUCCACCACAGCCGAGUUAGUGUGCCGGGCAGAGGGUAUCCCUCGCAUCGACUUCUCUUGGGAAAAAAAAGGGGUCUUUCUGGAUUUGGCAAACCCCAGGUAUGAGGAGAAAACAGUGAGGGAGGGCUCCUUCCACACCAGCACACUGCGAGUAGUAAACGUGAGCGCAGUGAUGGACUAUGCCGUCUUCAGCUGUUAUGCUCGCAACUCACUCGGGGAAGACAAGGUGGACAUCCAGCUUGUCAGCACAAAUCACCCAGACCCUCCCUCAAUGUUUCGUCACGUCAGCAGCACCCAUGACUCUGUUACUCUUGAGUGGAUCCCAGGCUUUAAUGGUGGUUUGCAACAGAAAUUCCGUAUAAGGUACCAAUGGGACCAGUCUGUCAGCUUCCAGUAUGUGGAUGUUUUCCCUCCAGAUGCAACAACUUUCACUGUUACUGGUCUGCAGCCUGUCACCGUCUACAAUUUCUCCAUUAAUGCCCUUAAUGCAAUAGGAGAGAGCGACUAUGCUGACAACAAUGCAGUACUGACCAUCACCACAAUGUACAGACCAGGAUCCGAUGAGGACACGCCACCUGAGGAGCCACAGAGUCCAAGUGAACUGCCUGCCUACAUGACUGCAGUCUUUACAUUUGUCAUUGGAAUUGUGCUGAUGGUGAAUGUACUGGGGUGCUUCUUGGGACUGAGGUGGAAAAAGAAGUGUGACCAGAGAGGGGCAGGAGGGGGCAGUGUGGUAGAUGGACAGAAGAGUGAACUGGAUGGGUCAAGUCAAUCAAGUGAGAGAAAUUCGAAUAAGUAUGAGAGCGGAGAAAAGAUCAACACCGCUGCUCAGCGCACCCUCCUCAUCGACUCUGGAUCUGAAACAGAGAGCCACGUCUAUGAGACCUGUGCAACGGACGACUCCCAUUAUUAUUACCAUCCUACCAUUGAGUACAGACCAUCUCUCCGUCCGGUCCCCGAGGAAAGACGUGGCCUUGGUGUUCACGAUGUCUCCCACCUUCCUGUGAACCCUGACAACCAUGUAUAUGAGGAUGUAAUGGAGACGGGAAUGUUCCGGGACACAGUGGGCCCUUCCCUCCCUUUCCCUGACCACAGAUUGACUCAACAGAGGAGUAACUGGAGGUCAGCGACCUACCAUCAGGGUUUCAAUAGAGGGCAGUCCGUGGACGUUCAGGCCCAGAGGGAUCUACCUUUUGAACUGCGAGGAGAAUUAGUCUAAAGAGACAAGAUAUGUUCAAACAAACACCAUCAGCACUGGUGUUGAUGUAAUGUUGUAUAACAGCUAGACCAUUUAUUUUUCCUUUUAAAAUGUUUUGCUUAAAUCUUAGCACAUUUUUACCCUGGCAAAUUUUGUUAGGUUGAAAAAAAAAGAAAAAGAAAUCCACUGCAGUGCAUCAAAUCAUCUAAAAAAAACAUGCAGCUAUAAAAGCAUUUAGUUCUAUCAAAACCAAUUACAAACUUGAUAUGUAAGGCUACAUUCACACCAAGCUAAAUGCAAAUUCUUGAACGUGCUUUUAGACCGUGGUUUUCGGACAGGAUAAGAUGGGAGGAUAUUCUUUUUAUUUUUUUUUGUUUUACUGUUUACCACAGUAUGUCUGCCACCUACAGUUGGAAAAGGCUUUGUGUGAAAUGUCAAACUAGUGGAAUCUUGCUCUAGGCUUAUUCUUUCACAGCUCUAUAUAUAAAAGACUCUGUGAUUUUUAAUUCUUUCUGGCCACAAACCACAAUUACUAAUGUCUCCUCCAUGAUUAAUUUUCAAAUGGUUGGUACUUCAGUGAAUUAAAAGGGAUGUCAUCCAUUUGUCAUUACCAAAUCCCUGAUUGGUCAAAGUUCAACCUGCUUUAACUUUCAACACACAUUCAGUAGACAUGUGUUUAAUACAAAGAGCCCAAAAACAAUUGUAAAAACUUGCUUGGCCCCAAACCAACAUUUACACACGCUUACAUAGACUUUUCAUUGAAAGUGGUCACUUAAACGUGUGUUGCCGAGGGGUGUCAACAUAGUUUAGUACAAAGGCUUAAUGAUACACCAUCACUUUCUGCCUGUUUUUGGACUAUUGCACCAGGAUUCACCUACAGGAAACAAAGUCCUCUCGUGUUCAGACAGAGCAGAGUUGAUUUGUUUGGUCUAAACCGGAGUUUGAGCAGUUUUUUACAUUUACGUAAAGAAAAUUGACUAUCGAUGAGUGCAAACAAUCUAGUGUGAAACCAAGCUUAACAGAAUUUCCUUUGUUGAAUCUUAACUCAUGCAAAAUAUAUUUCACUUAAUUUUAGUUUUGACUAAGCACAUUGACUAAUAUUAGCCAUGACAACAAAGUGAAUACCGGUAAUCAUUUUAAUUGUUGUUUUUUUUUACCUUUUCAGCUUUAAUUUUGAAAUGCAGAUUAUUGGUAUUGCUAUGACUUUCUCUUUAUAUUAAAUCUUUUUUGCUGUUAUUGU